AUGUCACUGAAUCAACCAUUCCCAAUGUCAUUAUCCAACAAAACAGAACAAGUCUAUCAAAAUAUUCAUGUUGUUAAUUUGAAUGGUAAUGGAUUAUGUCUAUGUCAUCAAGAAGAAAGUAAUAAUACUUUGAUUAGAAUAAGUAUUUAUUUGUUGCACUUGAAACAGAGAAUUAGAUAUUCUAUACCGUUGCAUAGUAUUGAUGGUGGAUUCUUGUCGAUUCAAAUAACGAGAGUGUUGUUUGAUUGCAUCGGUAAUCUACUGAUGAUCUACAUUCCCGGUAAUUUCCUACAGUUUAUCGAUUGUUCAUCCGAUCACGAUCCCUGUUUCGGUUUGACUCUUCACUACGAUCUAUCUUCACCGAUCAAAGAGGCAUCGUCACACGAUUCCUCCGACAUCCUCUCCACUCGUACCAGACCACUUCCCAACAAAAUAUCAACAUCCAUCAUUCCCUAUUACCUUACCAAUCAUAAAGAUAAAAACAAACCAGAUCAAUAUUUAUUUGAUUAUCAACAUGGUAUACUUUAUAGAUUCCAAUUCGAACGUGAAUCAAUCUUAAAGUUGUUUAAUAAGGAUUCGAUUAGCAAAUAUUCUUUGGAACCGGGUACGGAGAUUAGAGCUAUGCAUCUCACCAAUAUACAUGUGAAUGACAGUGAGAUUAUGGUUCGUAUUUUGGCGAGUGUUUGUAAUGAAACCAGUCUGAUCUCGUCGGAUCUCUUGAAGGAGUAUCUCUUGGGAUCUACCUAUAAAAUUCUAAGAGAUAAUAAACUGGACAAUCAAUAUCUACAGAUAUUACCGGUCACCUCGAUCGAGGCACUCGAUUCCACCAGCAAGCCAAGACUCAAAGAUCUCGAACUGGCUGCAAUAACCACCCAGAUUCCAGCCAACAUUGCACCCACCAAAAAAGAAGAUCCCAACAAGAAACGUCUCAAAUCAUUCCAAGUCACCAAACCCGAUAUUCUCCAACGAGAAACAACCUUGGCGACAUUCCCAGGUUUCCUUAAAAACUUUUUCAGUGAUUUUAAAUCAGAAGAUACAACUAUUAGAAAAUCAUCUGGAUCGGAAUCAACGCUAAGUCCUCAGAAACAAGUUGCUCCAACUUCAAAGAUUGCACUGGCUAGUAAUAUUUCUUUGGAUGGCUAUGAGGAGAAUCCGUUGGGUGAUAUUCAGAGUUACUCGGCGAAUCUUGCUGAUUACUUUUUACAAAUCUCACAGAAGGAGAGUAAAGAGAAGCUGACAGAGUGGGCCAACAGCUACAAGAAUGUACAGAUCAACGUUGUCAACACACUGUAUGCACACCUCCGAAAGAAUAUCAUAAACAACGAUAGCCAUGAGACAGUCUCGAUUCGUUCACACCCGAAACGCUCACAGCUCUUCCGUGUCAUGGAGAAGCUGUACACCGCCAUCGAGGAACUCAGUUGUCCGUUCCCCAAAGAUUUCUUUUCUCACUUUACCAUUCUGGGUUUCUACUGUUUGACUAGAACGGUAUUCCUUCAAAAACAUGCUCAUAGUGCAAUAGAGAGAAUGUUAGAUGAAGAGGACAACUAG